AUGCUAAAGCUUAAAGGAGAAUUGCGAACUGCCAAGGGACUGAAAGAUGAGGCCGGGGAGAGAGACAGAGAAGUGAACAACCUGAACAGCAAGCUCUUGAGCCUGCAGCUCGACAUCAAGAAUCUCCAUGACGUCUGCAAGAGACAGGGGAAGACCUUGCAAGAGAACCAGCUGUGUGUGGAGGAGGCCCUGAUGAACAAGAGCCACAACAAGAAGCAAGCCCAGACGCUAGUCUUCAAGGAGACCCUCGUGGACUUCGGGGCCAAUAAGCAGUGUCACCUGAGGCAGCUGCAGCAGCUGAAGAAGAAGCUGCUGACCCUGCAGCAGGAGCUGGAGUUCCGCACCCAGGAGCUGCAGACCUCCUAUUGCUCGCUGCUGCAGUACCAGUCUAUCCUGGAGAAGCAGACCUCCGACCUGGUUCUUCUUCACCAUCACUGCAAGCUCAAGGAAGAUGAGGUCAUUCUCUAUGAGGAGGAAAUGGGGAACCAUAAUAAGAACACUGGGGAGAAGCUCCAUCUGGCGCAAGAGCAGCUCGCCUUGGCGGGGGACAAGAUUAUCUCCCUAGAACGGAGCCUAAACCUCUACAGGGACAAGUACCAGACCUCCCUGAGCAACAUCGAGCUGCUGGAAUGUCAAGUGAAGAUGCUGGAGGGAGAACUCAGCGGAAUCAUCGGCCAGGAGCCUGAGAACAAGGGCGACCACUCGAAGGUACGCAUCUACACUUCUCCGUGCGUGAUUCAAGAGCAUCAGGAGACCCUAAAGCGACUGUCUGAAGUUUGGCAAAAGGUUUCUGAGCAGGAUGACCUCAUCCAGGAGCUUCGGAAUAAACUGGCCUGCAGCAACGCUUUGGUUCUAGAGCGUGAGGAGGCUUUGAUAAAAUUACAAGCUGACUUCGCUUCCUACACAGCCACCCACAGGCAUCCCCCUACCUCCUCAGAAGACUGCGAGGACAUCAAAAAGAUCCUGAAGCACCUGCAGGAGCAGAAAGACAGCCAGUGUCUGCACGUGGAGGAGUACCAGAACCUCGUCAAGGACCUGCGCAUGGAGCUGGAAGCCGUGUCAGAGCAGAAGAAGAACAUCAUGAAGGACAUGAUGAAGCUGGAGCUGGAGCUACACGGGCUGCGGGAGGAGGCAUCAGCCCACAUGGAGAGGAAGGACAAGGAGACUGCCAUCCUGCAGCACCGGAUGCAGGAGCUGCAGCAGCAGUAUACAGAGACACAGAAGCUGGCCCUGAAGAAGGACAAGUUGCUCCAAGACAAGGACGAGAGGCUGCAUGAGCUGGAGAAGAAACUGGCACAUGUGCAGAACACCUUCAUGGAGAAAGAGGCAGAGCUGGAGAAGCUGCAGCGCGCAAUGAAAGACCUCAAGGCAAAUCUGCAAGAGGCCAGGCAGGGCACAUCCAAAGUGGAUUGUGAGGCCCUGCGGUCCGAGGUCCAGAAACUGAAGGACACUCUGGAGGAGACCAAAGAGCAAGCAAAGCUGGCCGAUCAGAACCUCGCCCAGUGUAAGGAGGAAGCACAGCAGGCUGGUAGCAACCUAGAGGACGCUCAUCGGAAAAUCGAGAACUGCCUUCUCCUGGACAAGAAGAAGGCGGACAUCAUCAAGGAUCUGCAGGGUCAGCUGCAGAAGCUGCAAGAGGAGGCUGAAGCAGCUGAAAAGGAGAGAGUAGGCAACAGGAAACGGAUAGAGGAGCUGACCUCGGAACUCUACGAGAGCCAGCGGCGGCUGACAAAUUCCGACAAUGAGAAGAUGCUGCUCAAGAAGACGCUAAACGAGAGUGAACAAAGAAUAAGCGACUUGAUGGAAGCCGCCAAAAUCGCUGAACAAAAGCAAAGAGAGCUAACAAACACCAAGAACAAGCUGGAAGAGGAACUUCAGGAGAUAAAAGGGUUGCUGGAGGAGAAACGGGAACAACUGAAAAGGAGCAAGGAACAGGAAAAGGCCCUGGAGGGAGAAAUUGAGGCUCUGAGACAGGAAGCAAAAAAGAAAGAAAAGAUGGCCAAAGAGCGGGUGAGGAAGCUGGAGGAAGAGAAGGAGAAUCUGCAGACGGAGCUCAGUUCCUGUUCCUCACACCUGGAGUCCACCAUCAACAAAUACAACAACUCCCAGAAAGUCAUCCAGGAGCUCAACGUAGAGAUAGCCCGCCAGAAAGACUCCAUCAUGAUUCUGCAGACACAGCUGGACUCAGCUAUCCAGAAAGAAAAGAACUACCUCCAGAACAUGGUCAGCAAAGAAACCUACGAAGAGGUUUUGCGGAAGUCGGGCGUCUGCCAAGAUGACCUGACACAAGCCCUGGAGAAGCUCACUCAUGCGACCGCUGAGACAAAGAGCCUGCAGCGCAACUUGCAACAGACCCAAGAGAGGAAGGCGCAGCUGGAAGAUGAAAUCAUGGCUUAUGAGGAAAGGAUGAAAAAGCUCAACGUGGAGUUAAAAAAGCUACAGGGCUUCCACCAGCAGAGUGAGCUAGAGGUGCACACCUUUGAUAAGAAACUGGAAGAGAUGAGCAACCAGGUGUUGCAGUGGCAGAAGCAGCAUCAGAGUGACCUCAAGAUGCUGGCCGCUAAGGAGACGCAGCUCCGGGAAUUCCAGGAAGAAAUGGCCACCCUGAAAGAGAACCUCCUUGCAGAUGAGAAGGAGCCAUGCUGCCUGCCCCCGAGGACAAUCAAAGACACCUGCAGGCUCCACUGGGACAAUGACCAGAUUAUGUGCAACAUGGAGCAGUGGGCAAAGGAGCAGAAGAUUGCCAAUGAGAAGCUGGGAAACAAGCUGCGAGAACAGGUGAAAUACAUCGCCAAGCUGACUGGAGAAAAGGACCAGCUCCACAAUGUAAUGGUCCACCUGCAGCAGGAAAACAAAAAGCUGAAGAAUGAGAUAGAAGAGAAGAAGUUAAAGACCGGAAACGCGAGGAUCUGUGCCAAAGCCCUCGGCCCCUGCAAACAGGAACCCUCCCAAAAGGGGAAAAUUUGCAACCCACUGGGCUGGAGAGGAAUAGCCCAGGACGUGACGCCGAAAACGGACAUCACCAAGUACAUCGGGGCGCCCCACUGCUCGGGCUCCUCAUACUGCUAGACUCGGCUCCUCGCCCUCAGCCCCAUCCCUACAUAUUUGCAGAAGACAGCGAGUUCCUGCCCCUCCUUCUUGACCGGUAUCAGCUCCUACAGUCAUCCAUCGAGGCCCCUGUAUGGUUU